CAUUUGGAUUAAAUUCACUCCCCAUUUAAUUAAUUUGUUCUAUCUUUUUUCAUCCAUGGAGUCUGCAUCUUCUUGGCUUCAGUCUUUAAUUCUCUUAUUAUUUUCUUUAAUUAUAAUUAUAAUUAUUAUUAUAUUGCUAAUUAUCCGGUUGAGAAAAUAUUGGUGCUGCUGCAACUGUGGAAUCUGCAAAGCAUACAUUGAAUCUAGUUGGCGCGUCCGAUUCCCGAACCUCUGCGAUUGGUACACGCACCUCCUCAGAAACUCCCCCACGCGCACCAUCCACAUCCACGCUCUCAACAACACGAUCACCGCCAAUCCGGAAAACGUGGAGCACAUGCUCAAAACCCGGUUCCACAAUUACCCUAAAGGGAAACCCUUCUCCGCAAUCCUCGGCGAUUUCUUGGGCCGGGGAAUCUUCAACUCCGACGGCGAUUCCUGGAGGUUUCAGAGAAGAAUUGCCAGUCUUGAACUGGGUCGGGUCUCUAUCCGGGCCUACUCGUCUGACGUGGCGAAUCAAGAAAUCCGCCGCUACUUGCUGCCGGUUAUGGAAUCCGCCGCCGCCGCCGGCCGAGGCGGAAAUGGAGCGCUGGAUUUGCAGGAUGUUUUUCGGAGGUUCUCGUUUUUCAGUAUCUGCAGAUUCUCGUUCGGGUUGGACCCGGAUAUCUUCGACGACCACCUGUCGCUGCCGUUAUCGCAAUUCGCCGCCGCCUUCGAUUCGGCGUCGGAGCUUUCGGCGGAGAGGGCCAUGUCCGCCUCCCCGAUCAUCUGGAAGGUCAAACGUCUGCUCAACGUCGGCAGCGAGAGGAAACUCCGGCGGGCGAUCGGGACCGUCCACGUGUUGGCCGGAGAGUUCAUCUCACAGCGGCGGCGAUCGGCGGAUUUCAAAUCCUCCUCCGAUCAGAAAAAAGAUCUCAUGUCGAGAUUCAUGGCCAGCGUCGCCGACGAAACUUAUCUCCGUGACAUAAUCGUCAGCUUCCUUUUAGCCGGCCGUGACACGGUGGCCUCCGCCCUGACGAGUUUCUUCAUGCUGGUGGCGCGCCACCCAAGAGUGGAGGCGACGAUUCUUCUCGAGGCGGAGAAAGUAAUCGGGCCCCACAACGAAAACCGGCCCGCAAGCUACGAACAACUAAGGGAGCUCCACUACCUGCAUGCAGCGGUGCACGAGAGCAUGAGGCUAUACCCACCGAUCCAGUUCAACUCCAAGUUCUGCUCGAACGAUGACGUUUUGCCAGACGGCACUUUCGUGAAGAAGGGAACUAGGGUUACUUACCACCCCUACGCAAUGGGCAGAAUGGAGGAGAUUUGGGGGCCCGAUUGCUUGGAUUUCAAGCCCGAAAGAUGGCUUAAUAAAGAUGGAGUUUUCUUUCAUGAUCAAAACCCUUUUAAAUACCCGGUUUUUCAAGCCGGGAUUAGGGUCUGUUUGGGGAGAGAAGUCGCGCUUGUCGAAAUCAAAACCGUCGCGAUUUCACUUCUGCGAAGUUUCCAUCUCGAAUUGGUCGACGAGAAUAUUCCAAGAUUCUCGCCGGGGCUAACCGCCACUUUUCGCCACGGCCUGCAGGUUUUUGUUCGAGCUCGGAUCCAACCGUAAAUAAUUUAUAUAUUAAAGAAGCUCAAAAUAAUUCAACAAGAACUAAUAAUUAUAUAUACUGUGAAUUCGAUCUGAUCCUCCUCAAGUAAAUUAAUUAAUGGGGUCAUUUACCACUAGUUGAUUUUGAAUUUUACAUGUAUUAUUAUGUAAAUAUAUGCAUGUAUGUACAUGAUUAUCUGGUCUGUAUUCAUAUAUAUGGAAGUAAGAUGUUACAUCUGAUUAUUUAUACUUGGUGAAUUUAAACUGUAAAAUUAAUGAAAUAACUAUAUACUAAGCACACAUACUCACAUGGAAAUGUGUGUGAAAUAGUUAGCAAUUGUCUAGAAAUAGAUUUGCUUAGAUUUGUUCGUACAUGCAUGUGAUUGAUCUCUUUCAAAGAUUAAUAUUUUUGUACCUUUUGGUCUGUUUGAUUAAUAUUCCUAUGUUCAUGAUAUUAUUA